AUGGCUGUUCGAGAGUCGUAUUGUGAAUCAGGGAAUAACCCUAAUGUUGAAGCGUAUUGUGAAUCAGGGAAUAACCCCAAUGCUGUAGCGUAUUGUGAAUCAGGGAAUAACCCCAAUGCUGUAGCGUAUUGUGAAUCAGGGAAUAACCCUAAUGUUGUAGCGUAUUGUGAAUCAGGGAAUAACCCUAAUGCUGUAGCGUAUUGUGAAUCAGGGAAUAACCCUAAUGCUGUAGCGUAUUGUGAAUCAGGGAAUAACCCUAAUGCUGUAGCGUAUUGUGAAUCAGGGAAUAACCCUAAUGCUGUAGCGUUUAUUGUGAAUCAGGGGAAUAACCCUAAUGUUGUAGCGUAUUGUGAAUCAGGGAAUAACCCCAAUGCUGUAGCGUAUUGUGAAUCAGGGAAUAACCCAAUGCUGUAG